GCUAGACUUUAUUUAAGUUCAACAUUUUCUUAUUGUCAAAUGAGUGCUGCUGACACUGCUGUGAAGACCAGAAAAGUGGAGAAAUUUAUUUAUUCAGCAUCUUCAGAAAUCUACAGCAAGGCACAUCAUGUUGAGCAAUGUUUUGCUGUGGUCUCUUCAGAUAAGUCUCCUAGGGAUCAGUCUUGGCGGGAACGUCCUCAUCUGGCCAAUGGAAGGUAGUCACUGGCUAAAUAUUAAGAUAAUAAUAGACGAACUCAUAAGAAAAGAGCACAAUGUUACUGUCCUUGUGGCUUCCGGGGCACUUUUCAUCACACCGUCGAAGAGUCCAUCUCUGACAUUCGAAAUAUAUCCAGUGCCCUUUGACAAGGGAAGAGUAGAAAAUCUGAUCAAGAAUUUUGUUUUGACAUGGCUCGAAAACAGGCCAUCCCCUUCAACUAUCUGGAAGUUCUACAACGAGAUGGCCAAAGUCAUUCAGGACUUCCACACCGUGUCCAGAGGGAUCUGUGAUGGUGUUCUUAAAAAUGAAAAGCUGAUGGCAAAGCUGGAGAAAGGAAAGUUUGAAGUACUGUUAUCAGACCCAGUAUUUCCUUGUGGUGAUAUUGUAGCUUUAAAACUGGGAAUUCCAUUUAUCUAUUCCUUGCGCUUCUCUCCCGCUUCUACAGUGGAAAAGCACUGUGGAAAGGUCCCAUUCCCUCCUUCCUAUGUUCCCGCAAUUCUGUCAGAGCUCACAGACCAGAUGUCUUUCACUGACAGAGUAAGAAAUUUCAUCUCUUACCGAAUGCAGGACUACAUGUUUGAAACUCUGUGGAAGCCAUGGGAUGCCUAUUACAGCAAAGCUUUAGAUGGCAGCCAUUGGUUAAAUAUUAAAAUCCUUCUGGAAGAGUUGAUUCAAAGAAAUCACAGUGUGACUGUACUGGCUUCAUCAGAAACUCUAUUUAUCAACUCCAGUCCUGAUGCCUUUGUGCAUUUUGAAGAGAUUUCUGUUUCCUACACGAAAAGCAAAAUAGAUGAAAUAAUUGAACAUAUGAUAGCCCUGUGGCUAGACCACAGGCCUACACCUCUCACCAUGUGGACUUUCUACAAAGAGCUAGGAAAGCUCUUUGAGACUUUCUAUCAAAUUAACAUUGAGAUCUGUGAUGGUGUAUUAAACAAUCCCACACUAAUGGCAAAACUUCAGGACCAAGACUUCAAUGUGUUAAUAGCUGACCCAGUAACAAUCUGUGGCGACCUGGUGGCUCUGAAACUGGGAAUUCCGUUUGUGUAUACAUUGCGCUUCUCUCCAGCCUUUACAGUGGAGAGACACUGUGGGAAAAUCCCCGCACCGACCUCUUACGUCCCUGCAGCCUUGUCAGAGCUCACUGACCAGAUGUCCUUCGGUGAAAGGGUUAAGAACACCAUAUCUUAUUCUCUGCAAGACUAUAUAUUUCAGUCCUACUGGCGAAGAUGGAAUUCAUACUAUAGCAGAGUUCUAGGAAGACCCACCACAUUAUGUGAGACUAUGGGAAAAGCUGAGAUUUGGCUGAUGCGAACAUAUUGGGAUUUUGAAUUUCCUCGUCCAUAUUUACCAAAUUUUGAGUUUGUGGGAGGACUGCAUUGCAAACCUGCCAAGCCUUUACCUAAGGAAAUGGAAGAAUUUGUCCAGAGCUCAGGGGAACAUGGUGUUGUGGUGUUUUCUCUGGGGUCAAUGGUCAAAAACCUGACAGAAGAAAAGGCCAAUCUCAUUGCCUUGGCCCUUGCCCAGAUUCCUCAGAAGGUUUUGUGGAGAUACAAAGGAAAGAUACCAGCCACACUAGGAUCCAAUACUCGACUGUUUGAUUGGAUUCCCCAGAAUGAUCUUCUUGGACAUCCCAAAACCAGAGCUUUCAUCACUCACGGCGGAACAAAUGGAAUCUAUGAGGCCAUUUACCAUGGGAUCCCUAUGGUGGGAGUCCCCAUGUUCGCUGAUCAGCCGGACAACAUCGCUCACAUGAAGGCGAAGGGAGCAGCUGUGGAGGUCAACAUGAACACAAUGACAAGCGAAGAUUUGCUCAGCGCCGUGAGAACAGUCAUCAAUGACCCAUCUUAUAAAGAGAAUGCCAUGAGACUAUCAAGAAUCCACCAUGAUCAGCCAGUGAAGCCCCUGGACAGAGCCGUCUUCUGGAUUGAGUUUGUCAUGCGCCACAAAGGAGCCAAGCACCUUCGUGUGGCAGCGCAUGACCUCAGCUGGUUCCAGUACCACUCGCUGGAUGUGAUUGGGUUCCUGCUGGCCUGUGUGGCAUCUGCUUUAUUCUUGCUUGCAAAAUCUUGUUUGUUUGUAUUUCAAAAGUUUGCUAUGACAGGAAAGAAGAAAAAAAGAGACUAGGUCAAGGAAAAGGCAACAAAGAUCUCUGGGUUUGGUGAAGAACCAAAUGGAGUAGUCCUAGUACUUAGAGGCAGGCACAUGGAGCUGCCAAUCACCCAUUAUCAUCCCAUUUUCAAACAUCACAUGUCUAUCCUAAUCUGCAGCUAAAUUCUAGGGUGCAACAUAAUCACAUUCUCCUGAAAGUGCCUCAUCAUUCCUUUGCUAUUUCAAUGAUAGUUCUAGCAUCUUCAUGUCUUCCUGGCUCAGGGGCACUGUUGAUUUAAAUAUAUUCUUGGGGGCUGGAGAGAUGGCUCAGUGAUUAAGACCAUUAGCUGUUCUUCCAGAGGUCCUGAGUUCAAUUCCCAGCACCCCCAGGGUGGCUCACAACUCUCAGUAAUGAGAUCUGGCAUACAUGCAGACUGAAUGUCAUUUAAAAUAUAAACAAGAUAACUGAUAGCAUUCUGAAUCCUUGAGAAGAUACACAGGGCAUAUUGAAUAUUAUUUAAGGGUCACAUAACACGGACCACGCAAAUGGAGCACUGACCACAGCAAUUAGUGUAUUGUGAGGAGAUUCAUCAUUUUCUUUUUAAAUAAAAGCCAGCUUUUGUGAUUCUCUGAUGUCACAGGUACUAGAGGAUGAAUUCAGAACUGUGACAUCACAUUAUCAUAUGAAAAGUAUGUAAAAAUUGUUAGUGCCUUGAAAUUAUGAUGGUUUAUUUUCCUUAAAAUAUGUAUCUGUAUGUUCUCCAGUGAAAGGUUCUAGACACUGUCUCCAAGAAAUGAAGGGAUGAACCGAGCCAUCAUUCCCCCCCCACCCCUGAUAACCCUUACCAACAAUAUCUGAAAGGUUACUUCUGGAAAAAGUAAAAAAAAAAAAAUUAAUAUUGAAAAAUUGUCCUAAUUUCUUAAACUUUAACUUAUAGUGCUUUUGAUAGCUCUCUGUUAAUCCAUUAUACAUAAAAAAUUGUAUUGUUCAUAAUCUAUAAUCACUAUUUAUAAUGAAAUGUUUCAUUUUAUGCAAAAAUAAAUACUUAUAUUGAGAUCACUA